CGUUUUGUUUUAUCCUAAUUUUAUUUAAUUAAUUAUAUAACAAUUGGGUAGUGGAAAAAAAUCACACGCGAAUAUUUCAAUUAACCAAUGAAUUAAACAGUCAAUUGUUCACUUGAAUGUAAUCUUUAAAAUGUUACGCUAAUUGCAGCUUUAAGCUGUCACUACACAAAGCAGUGUUAUUUUCAGCAAGAUUUUGAUACUAGCGUGGCCUUAUAAAUAAAAUAUAUAAGCGAAGCUGAUUUAAUAUUUGGAAAUAAGCGAAAAGUGAUCAAGCACUGGCAAGUUAUGGGGGAAGUUAGUGAUACUGAUAUCUACCGAGAUACUCCCGUUAGGUAUUUGGGUUACGCUAAUGAGGUCGGUGAAGCCUUCAGAUCGAUUAUUGGGUCAAAAUGGGUCAACGUCAGCUAUGGCAUUGCUACGAUCUAUGUUUUAGCUGAUACUGGACACAAAAGUCUAGAAUCAUUUAAGAAGAAUAUGAAUGAAUCGAAUCAUCUAACAAGAGUGGCCUAUACAACGACCGACACUUUAAUUUGGCAGUUAUUGGCAUCAGUGAUAAUCCCAGGCUUUACAAUAAACAGAAUUUGCACAUUUACCAACAACAAUUUGAUUAAAUUUAAUAAAUUUCCUAAAGCUGCUCACAAAGGCAUUGUAACAGGAAUAGGAUUGUUUGUUAUACCUUUUAUUAUAAAACCGAUUGAUAGGUUCGUCGAAUAUGCUUUAGAUGAAACUUUAAGGAAAUUUAAACCAAAGUAGUGACGAAUAUGAUAAGCAGUAGAUCUUUUAUUUACGUCAAUAUAAGAAUUUAAUGAUUAAUA